AUCGUCCCCAAGGACUUGUCUGCCACUAGGGCUGUUGGCGGCCUCCCGCACCGAAGGGACCGUGGGCGUCUGAGGCCUUAAAUCCGGCGGGCCUUCAGGAUGUUAGCAGUCCCUGUCUGGUUGAAGGUAGGAAGCCAAAAGCCCGAGUGGGGGACGAACAGACUUACCUCCUGUCCCUCAAAAGAUCCGCUAGAUCGUCGGCUCCAAAAUCUGAGAGACCGCGAACGGAUCCCAAACCACCAGCGUACUCUCAGACCUGGCGUUCGGAAAGAUUCUAGAGAGCACUGGCAGGUCCCGGAGGUCUCAGACCCGCAGGUAGAUCUCAAAUCCGUAGACUUGCAGACGAAGCCCAGAUAUCGUAGGCAGAUCCUAAAGACUAAGAUUCCCGAGGUCUCAGAGUCCCAGGCAGUUGAGAAACCACAGGCUCGUAGGCAGAUCCCUGAGACCACAGAGGCUGGCCAAGAAACCACCAGCAACUGCUGCAUUCAGCUGGAUCUCCUCGGACCGGGAGGACUCACAGCUUUCCCUUUCCCCAGCCAGGAUGAGGGAACUAGACAAUGGGAGCACUAGGGAAAGCAAGCAUUCUGCGUGGGGAAGAGCUCCGAGCUCACUGUAGCCUUGGAGAGGGAAGUGAUGGAAAAAGAAUAUAGCAGCUUAUUAGGGACUCCCACCCUCUUCAAGUUAUAAAUAUCCCCAGAACCUUGGCUAUGUGCCCGGAAGCCUGUUGUCUCUUAACUGUACAGGAGACUUCUCUGCCUAGGCUGGGAAAGGGGCCUUUCUUUUGUUUUGCAGAUAGAUCCACCCACUGAGGAACUUGAAAAUUUUUUUCAAACAUAACUCCAGGCCAUGCUUUUAUUAGUGAGUGUCCU